AAUUGCCUUUUUUGCGCGAGAGGCUUUUUGCUCGUUCCGUGUAUACUGCGCGAUUGUAAAGUUUUAUUGGUGUAUAAUCGCGGUCAGCUUGAGGAGCUGUAGUAUCGCGUUACCGAUUUGUUUCAGUGAGAAUAGAUAAAUCUGAAGUGAAUGGUUUUUUACGCAUAGAUAUUGCGCGGAAUAAUUUAUUUAGCGCCAAGUGGAAAAAAUAGUUUACUUGUUUUAGCGGCAAUUUCAUUGAAACGGAACGCGACGGAAAAGUUUUUUUGUAUUUAUUGAAAGUAAAAGACCAGUUUAAAAAAUAAACAAAUUUAUUUGAAAGGAAAAACAACGCGUAACAAAUAUACACUUGUAAUCUUUGUACAAGCUCAUGAUAAAAUAUCUAAAAUGCACACUAUUUAAAAAAAAAAACUCGAAUAAAAUAAAUAACUCGAACGAAUAAACAAACUAAUUUUAACGAUAGCAUAUAAAUACACCAUGUUAUUUAAAAGAAGCUUAAUAUAAAAUCUACAAACAACUUUGUUGAUGACAUAAAAAAUAAUAAUAAUUUUAAAAGUCUUCACUCUUGCACCACAGUGUAACGAUUCGCAGCAUCGAGCACGACGCUGAUAUACUUUGUGCUCGGAUGUUCGUGCGAAUAAAACACCUCGGCAUCCAUCUUCAAGGACUCACCGAUGACCCUUUCUUUCAGCUGCAGCGAGUACAUGGGCUCGAGCACCGAGCCGAAAAUGUCGGAUACAACACCGAUCUCGUCAUACUUCUUGUAGCUUCCUUCUUUGUUGUGAUUUCGCAGAAAAAUAGCUGUGCCGACGUCGAGGAUCCGACUUCCUGAUGCCAGCUGAACGACGGCCGUUCCACUCGGCAGAAUCACAGCUUUGACGUAACCGGCCAGGCACUUGUCCGGCUGCGUUUUUUGCGACACCUCGAGAUUUUCCAUCUUGGGCACAAGAGCUGAGAUUAUCGACGAGUCGGUUGAACUGAAUUUCGCGUCGUGCAUGAAAGCGACGUCGGCCAUGGCUUCGUACGUUACGCUGGAGUUGUGCAUCGUGCUGUCGAGAAAAUUGAAUUCAUCGAUUUAUUAUCGGGUUUGACAAGUCAUCGCAUCAAUAAACGUUCUUUGAAUCUGGGAGAAAUUAGUAUACUUACAUAUCGGAGUCGCUGAUUUCGUUGUUGAUUUCGGCGAUUGCUUUACUUGCUACACCAUUUUUCGCUGCAUUCUUGGUCAUAUUAACUGUUUUUACAAUACUCGACAUGCACUCCAUGCUUAGUGCGAUAUUCGGAAAUGUUCACGUCUGAGAUUGAUUUAUUUCGCUCAAAAUCGCGAAUUUCACGACGAGAUGACUAUACUGCGAAGCCUUUAGACAAACUAUAUAGCGCACGACGCGACAAGGAGACUGAGACAAUUUCUCCGUCUCUGAAGGACAAGGCAUACGUUAAAGUCAAAUAUAGAGUAUUUGAACUUGGGUAUUUCGAUGUAAACAAUAUUGCCGACCAGCUAUAUGUAAGUCGAGUUGUGAAUUUUAUCGAGGUUCAAAAAUACCCAUUUCUUAUAUAGUAUCUGCGUAGAAAUGUCUACAGUUCAUUUCGAUGAAUUUUGCUUGCUUGUUUAUAUUAAUUGAUAUUAAUUGAACGAUGUUGAACAAAAUUUUCAAACGGAUGCACGCUAGCAGACGACUCAUAAUUUCGCGCGAAGUUUUAAAUGCCUUAUGCGUUCAUCAUCAGCUGAUUUCUCUAACCUAAAAGCUGAGCAGUAAAACGUGAUGCGUCGCGUUAAAAGGAUUUUAUUUUAGAAGUUCAAGAUUUAUUGUCAUAGUCUGUUCAAAAUGUUCAAAAAACUACUAAUAUCAAGCAAACUAUCUUGGAAUCAAUUGAAAGUGUUUCCUAGCCAAAGCCAAACUCUAGUAUUGAAAAGAACGUACAGCAAAAAGGAGAAACAAAGAAAAUCCUACCCUAGAAGGAUAUUCUCUGGUAUUCAACCUACAGGAAUAGUACACAUAGGCAACUAUUUUGGUGCUAUUCAAAAUUGGAUUAAACUGCAAGACGAUGGUGAAGACGUCAUUUGGAGCAUUGUUGAUAUGCACGCUAUCACUCUACCUCAUGAUCCAAACGAACUUAGGCAAAAUAUUUUAAAGCUCACUGCCACUUUACUAGCUUGUGGUAUUGACCCGGAUAAAAGUAUAUUAUUCCAACAGUCUACAGUACCAAUGCAUGCUGAGUUAAGCUGGAUCUUUGCCUGUCUCGCAACAAUGCCUAAACUUGCUCAUCAGCCUCAAUAUAAAGAGAAGAGUGAAAAAUUAAAAGAUAUUCCCUUAGGAUUAUACAUUUAUCCAAUUUUACAGACUGCUGACAUUUUACUGUACAAAGCAACCCAUGUACCAGUCGGCGAGGAUCAAUUACAACACAUACAAUUGGCAGAGCAUUUAGCACAGAAAUUCAAUUCAACUUAUGGAGAGACCUUUCCCAUGCCUAUUGCAAUUGUAAACAAGGAUACCGGUCGAAUCAAAUCAUUACGAGAUCCUACCCAAAAAAUGUCCAAAUCAUGUUCUGACGUUAAAAGUCGUAUCGACUUAACGGACGAGCCCGACGUACUACUUAACAAAGUCAAAAAAGCUAUAACGGAUUUCACGUCGGAGAUUACUUACGAACCUGAAGUACGACCUGGUGUAGCCAAUUUGUUGAAUAUUCAUUCUAUGAUUACUGGUAAGACGCCGGAAGAGAUUUGUAAAGAAGCUGAAGGAUUAGAUACAGGAAAAUACAAAUUGAUGCUAGCAGAUGUGAUCAUUGAAAAUCUAAAUCCAAUCAGAAAACGGAUAGAACAGUACAUGAACGAACCUCAGUACUUAAAAGAAGUUUUACAGGAAGGUGCUAGAAAGGCAGAACUUACUGCUAUUACUAAUUGGUUAGAAGUUAGGAAUAAAGUUGGCUAUGGAAUCGGUACAUUAUCGAUAAACGCUGACCAAUUACACCUACAUGCGCUCAGAUGAUUUUGAUAAAUUAUAAAUUAAAUAUUUAUUGUAAAUAACUAAAUUCAUUGUACAAAAAGGAUCAUCACAGCAAUGUCUAAUAAAAAACUUUAGAUUACUCAAGUCAA